AUGGCCAUGAGCUGGUUCCCCCAGGCGUACCAGGGAGUUCGCAAGGCCCUGGUCCAACACCCCAUCCCGGACCUCCUGCUGCCUUGCUACCAGCAGGACGGCCUGCUGGGACCACCGCCCGCGACGACGUGCCUGCUGUCCCCAGAGCCGUUUGUCUUCCUGCAGGUCGUGAAGUCCCUUGGUCCAUCGCAGGGCCUCAGCUUCGCGGCCACCUGGACCUGGGCCACGACGGAUUCGAACGGACGGAGGAGGCCCGCGGGCCUGCGCCAGCCACCUAGGCCACGCGCCCACUUCCAGAUGCCUUCUCCCGGCCACAGCCCAACCACCUCGGCCGCCGGGGAGAAGAGGAGGAUCGCCCACGUGCCCAGGCCCGACACGGGAGCCAAGAGGACCCUCACGACCAGUGGGGCCGGCGACGGCGGAGGGUCCCCCAAGUCCGGAAGAGGGAGAGGCAAAGACCAGCAGCAUCCCAGCCCGGGCACUUCAGGGACGAUGACAUGCAAGACCCCAUCCGCCCCGAAGGAGCAGACGGUGCCCAGCGUGGUGGCCAGCGUCUCCACGGGCACUUGCAAGAAACCCACGCCCACCGCCACCAGUGAGCUCAAGGCCAAGGUCCCGGCCUUCAUCCGCCAACGGUACCUCGGCCUGUUCGUGGAAGAGUGUCUCCAGUUCUCCUCGUCCCGCGGCGAGGCCGUGGAGAAGGCGCAGGCGGAGGAGAGGAUGGCCUACGACCGCAGCCCCAACAAGUCCAUCUACGUGAAGGCGGUCGUGGAAACGCUGGGUAAGCUCAAGGGCUUCACGCCCAGCGUCGUGCCCGGGCUGAACAAGGCCACCCUGUACAGCCGCCUGCAGGGCUACGUGCUCACCGAGGACCAGCUCAAGGAGCACGGCUAUCCAUUCGAGCAUCCCAGGCAGCGCGGGGAUGCUGUUCUCUUCCAGUCCCGCAGCCGCUGCUCCCCAUCUUCCUCCUCCAGAACCUGCUGCCGCUGCGGUGCCCAGUACCCCGUGUCGUCCUCCGGGCACUGCCUGAGCACCGAGCCGUGCGUGUACCACUGGGGCAAGCUCUUCACGCACGCCGUGCUGGGCGGCUGGAAGAAGCAGUACACGUGCUGCUCGGCGCCCGUCGGGGUCAGCGGCUGUCAGGUGGCCAGGCAGCACGUGCAGGACGGCAGGAAGGACGACCUCCGGGGCUUCGUGGCCACCUCGGGCCGCCGCAGCCGGGAGCCGCGCGAGCUGGCGCACGCGGGCAUCUACGCGCUGGACUGCGAGAUGUCCUACACCACGGUGGGCCUGGAGCUGACCCGCGUGACCGUGGUGGACACCGAGCUGCGCGUGCUCUACGACACCUUCGUCAGGCCCGACAACGACAUCGUGGACUACAACACCAAGUUCUCCGGCGUGACCGAGGCCGACCUGGCCCUCACCGAGACCCGGCUGCGGGACGUGCAGGCGGCCCUGCUGAGCCUGUUCAGCGCCGACACCAUCCUCAUCGGACACAGCCUGGAGAGCGACCUGCUGGCCUUGAAGCUCAUCCACCGCCGCGUGGUGGACACCGCCGUGCUCUUCCCGCACCGCCGCGGGCUGCCCUACAAGCGCUCCCUGCGCAGCCUCAUCUCCCAGUUCCUCGGGCAGGAGAUCCAGGCCAGCGGGGCCGGGCACGACCCCAGCGAGGAUGCUGGAGCGUGCAUGCGGCUGGUGAUGUGGAAGAUUCUGGAGGACAGCAAGAGUGGAGGCCCUGGGGACUGCAGCCCCCCGUCGCCUGCCCUUCCCCGAGAACCUUCGGGCUGA